AUGGUACACGAUCCUCUGCACAGUAAGCUGGAUGGUCUUUCAGGUUUCGAAGAUCCGCCAACAAUCGACAGUACAACCCGCCUGAUCGAUUAUUCUUCUGCCUCUCCUCCUUCUUCCUUUUCUUCUUCUUCUGCUUCCUCUUCAGGCAAGCAACAGAUCUUUCUUGCAGAGAACCUUGAGUGUGAGAAAGUGGACGCAGAGAUGGAAAACAUCACGCCACACUCUGAUAAACACCAGAGACUUAUAAACCAGGAAAUUUUAUCUAAUGCAGCAACAGGAACCGACUUCAAAUCAACACAAUGUCCCCUUUUGGCGAUCCCCAUAGAGAUUCGGCAGCAAAUUCUGCAACAUUUGCUCUCGACCAAUGGGGAAGAAAAUCUCACUACCUCUUAUUUGCACCGAGAAAAUUUCGCUAGAAGUGAGGAAGAUGAAUGGUCGAUCAAUGAGAGGCGCCGCGACUAUCUGAUGAUCCGUGAAGAAGCUUUCCUCCCGGAAAACUGUUCGCUCCACAGUGCUUAUAAGGUGUAUCCAAACAUACUCUGGAUAUGCAAGCAGCUCUUAGCAGAGGGUGCAAUGGUGCUUGCAAGAGAUAACAGAUUCAUUGUACUUCAGUACACAGGUAAUGGUCGAAGCAUCUUGAUCAAUGGCCUGCGAGAUGGAGGAGUUGGAACGUUCUGGGUUAACCCUGGCAUUUACCCUAGAUCGAAAACCCAAGCCAUCAUAUCGCCGAAUAGUCCAUAUUGCCGACCAACCGUCUUUAUCGACAUGAAAGCCUCACAUCCUAGCGGACCGGUGGCUGCCAAACCAGUCUUUAUGGUUAUCCCUUUCAUAUUCCUUGGUCGCGUCUGCAAAGCGCUGUCAUUGUUUCAGUCAUGGACACGCACUAAUGAAUUUGACUUGCUCACAAUCGACCUUAUUUUUAAUGUACGAGCUAUUCUUGAUUGGAGACCGAAGGAUCCUGCCUUCGUUGCCGAUGAUAUUCAGUGUGAUGUUUUUGAUUGGAUCUCCGAGUCAGUGACACAAGUCAAUUGGAGGGGACUACAGACUGGCCUUCGCGACGAAUACUAUCUGAGAUCAUGGCUCGGGAUGAAGUCUUUUCACAUGGCUCAAUCACAACUCGAUCACCAGUGUCUCCUCUUUGGCACGCAAAUUGCACCUGCAUUGAGAGCAAAGCAGGAGAAAAUAUGUCGCAUUGUGACUAGAUUCAGACAGGCAGAGAAUCAGUUUCUGAGGCGUGAUUUCAAGGCAUCAUCCGCUUCCUUUGUGGAGUUGAAUGCACUGAUUGGAUUCAUUGCAGUGCUUGACCGGGAGGACAUGGACACCGUGGAGAUUCUUGAUCAGGUAUCCGAGUGGGUACACUUCUACAUGGCCCUCGGCUUUAUCGAGUAUCCCGACUGCACACCCGGAAUCCCCAGUACUGCGUACCGGUUUACGACUGCUUCACUAUAUUUACCGAGCGCUGAAGAAUGGGAAACACGAGAAGACUUGACCGCUGGUCACGUUGCAAGACUAGAUUUCACAAGAGCUGAAGUGUCCUGUUUCCACCCAUCUGAGGAGCUACGCCUGCCAAAGUGCAAGGAGUACUCAGAAUGGGAAUUUGCAGUCAUGGAAGACGAAGCAGAACAGUCGCUUGAUGGGUACAAAAUCAAGGAGUUGUGUGAGGCAUCAGAUUUCACGAUUCCAAGAUAUGAGGAGGCCAAGGGUGAAAUUAAGUCAUCUUUCGAUCGGUUCUUCGGACCCUUAUCCGUUGUGCCGUUGAACAGACUUAAUGAGAUGCUUCACAACGAUUAG